AUGGUACAACACAGGAAUCAUACGAGAUGGAAGCCGCCGGAACCAAAGGUGUACAAGGUUAAUUAUGAUGGCGCGACCUUUGAGGAUCAAAGACGAGCUGGUAUAGGAGUGGUCAUUCGUAAUGCAGAAGGUGCGGUCAUGGUUGCACUAUCACAAUUGAUCCCUCUUCCAACAACGGUGGCCCAAGUGGAAGCGAUGGCAGCCAGGAAAGCAGUUGAGUUGGCUCUAGAGACUGGCUUUACAAGAGUUGUCAUUAAAGGUGAUUCAGAUACUAUCUAUAGAGAGUUAAGUAGCACUGAUCCAUCCUUAGCCUUACACGGGCAUGUGAUUCAAGACACUACAUGUUUAGCUUCCUCUUUCGUUAAUCACAGUUUUUCUCAUGUUCGUCGUCAAGGAAAUAAUAUAGCUCAUGCUUUAGCAAGAUGGGCAAUAAACUCACCCAAUUUAACAGUCUGGAUGGAAGAUGUACCACCAAACAUUCAGUGUAUUGUUCAGGUUGAUUUGGCCUAUGUUGGUUAA